AUGACUCAAUCUCCGAAGCUACGUUCUUUCUUUCGGUUCAAUCGACACCAACACCAACAGACGCCAACUAACAAGUCUACGGCUUCUGCUGUUUCUCCAUCGACCAUGAACGGCCUCGGAUCUCCGACCCAAGACCAUGUGGAAGAGAACCAAGACAACGUCCAAGGAUGGCUCAUGAAUGUCCCAGGCUAUCGUCAACAACCACAUGCCACCACUCUCAACAACAAUUCCUCAAUUCUUGUCGAUGCCGACAACAACAGUAUACCAGUUGAACGGCAACCCUUAAAACCUGGUCGGCCCGCAUCGAUUGCCUCCGUUAGCUCCACUGACAGCAUCAACUUGGAUGAAUUGAUCAAGAACAAUUAUACUGAAAAAGUGGAUGAUGAAACCGAUUUGCCCAACCUAGCUGGAUUGGAUCUGGAUGAUUCUACUGAUGAUUUUUGGAAAAUGGAUGAUACCCUCGCAAACUUUGUCCCGAAAAAGCAAGCGGAGCAAAAGACAAGCACUUCAAAUGACUUGUUGAGUGGCUCUUUUGAUGAAUUGGCUGGCAUGAGCACGAAUGAUGACGAGCUCAUGAAUUGGUCACCAGAAGAUGACCACUUGGAGACACUUUCCAAUGCAUCCUAUACAUCCUCAAAAACGGUGCAAGGUCGUUUACGUACACCAUCAGCCUUAUCAUCUUCACAAUAUUCAGCCUCAUCACCUGAACAAAAGCUUGGACGACAACGAUCCAGCAGUCUUAGUAGCGAAAACAGCCUUACAUCACAAUCCACAGUGACCACAGGAGGUGUCAACAACCAAUACGCACGUUAUGGAAUGACACCAGUACUUCAUCCAUCAGAAUCCACCACUUCCAACUCGUCAAGAUCGCAUAGUCGACUCUCUAAUUAUUCAGCUGGUAGCAGUCAAGCAUCAUCCAAUACGUCUGCUUUACCACGACCACGCGCGAGCUCCCGUAAUGGUGGAUCAACAACACCUUCUUACAACACUGGACGUCGUAUGUCUGAUAAGUCAUCAUCGGGUGAACCAUUGCGAUCUUCUUCAAGGAUAGGCACGCGUGGCAUGUUAGGAGGUGGUGGUGGUGGUAGUGGUGGUAAUGGUGGUAGCAGCACAUCACGCCUUGCUAAGCGUGCCACUCAUGUACCACUUCCAUCGAGUCGUUCUGUAUCCAAGCCUCAAGUGGUUACUUCAUCACGAUCCACUGGUUUAUCAAGCUCUCGACUUUCCCAUAACAACAGCGCAACCCAUGGCAAUGGUCCUAGUCGACCUGGUAGUCGUAUUGGAGGAUUACGCUCGAGCCACAUUCCUGCACCACCAACACCAUCACGCAACACAACGGCAUCAUCUGAUUCUCGAGCUUCAGGAGCAAGAUCGCCCACCUUGGGUCCUGCACGUACGACUACAGGUGGUUAUAGACCCCAUUCGCCAUUCUCUUCUUCAGGCAAUAGCACGACCAAUGGUUCAACUUCUCGUAUUGGGAUUACAAGAGCCACUCGUAGUCCUACACCCACAAAUGGAGGAGGAGCAAGAACUAGUAUUUUUGGCAUGGAUUCAAGCCGACGUAGUACAACAGGACAAAAAGAAUCAGAUGCAUCUCGUAUUGCACGACCCCCAUCAGCAGCAGGUGGUAGUCGAAAAACUACAGGCUUACGUCCCCCAGGAGCAUUCUCAAAGUUAGCUGGUCGACGGUGA